GCAAAAUUUUAUUUAUUAUAACUUUAUAGGACAGUCAAUUAACAAUUAUACUCAAAAUGUCAAAUAAAAUUAUUUUCGCCAUUUUUCUUUUAAUAUCUUUUGCCUGGGAAUUGAAUGCAUACAGCAGUGCUGGUUAUUCUACAAUUCAAGAUGCCAAUAGAAAUUGUUGGCCACACGACAUACAAUCGAGAGGAGGACAUUAUUAUUGCUUGACUUUUCAAACAACAAUUUUAAAUAAAUACGCCGAACAAUUUGGAACCGAGGCGAGUAGAAGUUUCGAGAACUACGACGAAUUCAAAGAAUUAAUAAAAUUUGUGGAAAAUAAUGGAUUUUGUGCCUCUCGCGUAACUUACCACACUCAACGUUUAUACCCGGACUACGCGAAAUAUUUGGCAGUUGGAAAGAAGAUUCGAGACUUUGCAUACACUUACGGAUAUUGCGCUCCAAAGAAGCGUCCUGUUCAAAACAAGAAGAAUUGAUAAUUUAGAAAAAUGUCGUUGACAAUAUUUUGUAAUAAAGUUAUUAAACAAAUUAA